AUGAAGAUGAGUCUGGUUCCUGGUCUUUGGACGGGUCUGAAUCAUCUUCAGAGCUGCGAGUCUGCAGGUUGGACCACCAGAAAACAGAGACCAGGAGAUGUUUCUGUGACGCUGCUGAAAGGAGCGAACGACCCUCAGUGUUUGUGGUCGUGUGAGCGGACAGACCCGGUGGUUAGACGGGUGACAGGACAGCAGAGGAAGAAGUAGGAACAUGUGUUUGUCGUUUUGGACUUGUCUGGACCCGGUCUUUUAUAUUCAGAAUCAACACGGUGAGGAUGUGAUCAGAGGUUCAGGAGGAGCUGGUCUGUCAGGGAUCUGUGUGAAAAACUGGAUCAGUCUUCAGAGCGAGAGUUCACGUCGAUCUCCUGAGGGUUCACUCGGUGGUUUUUCAGGUCGACCUGGUCUGAUGUGGAGAAGAAAAAGAGCGAAACGUCCCUUUUUUCUCUUACUGACAGGAGAACAGGUUCAUGAACCCGAGUCAAACUAGUCCAAGUCUGAGGACAGGAGGGGUCUGGGUCUGAACCUGGUCUGAUGUGGUCAUGUGAUGAAGCAGAUGACGGCGUUUGAACUAAAAUGAGUUCUCUUGUCCUGUCGUCCUGCAGCUGGCGGCUCUUCAUCCCGUCCUGUCGGUUAACUUCCUGCUCAGGGGCUUCACUCACUCCGUCAUCGUCGCUCUGUCCGUCUGCUCAGCGGCAGCAUCGGACCGGCCUGACGCCUGGAAUCACAGGGCGGCAGCAGCAGCAGCAGCAGCAGCAGCAGGAGGCGGAGCUCAUGGUAAAGGCGGCGGCGGGAUCUUAGAGCCACACCUUCAGGAGAGUCGCUGUCCUGCUGCCUUCAGGUACCGAGCCCAAAAGUGUUCAGUGGGAGGAGCCAGUCCUCGACACGGAGCUGCCAAGCUAGCGAUGCCCGGAUCCACGCCGGCCAGCAGCAAGGCUCGGGUGUACACCGACGUCAACACACAGAAGAACAGAGAGUACUGGGACUAUGACGCACACGUGCCAAACUGGAGGUACACACACACACACACACACACACACACACACACACAGUGAGGACGAUUCAAUACACAUCUGGUUACGCCGCCACUCAUACAGAACAUUAACGACACACUGACGCCUCAGUCGAUACGAUGUGAUUAAAAUGUGAUUUAAAACGUUACGACUUCAUUAUCAAAGGAUUGGGUUCGAUGUCAUGUGAUCAUUCGGGACAGUCGGUUGCGGUACGAGAGAGUAUUGUCCCUCAUCAGGUUUCUUUAUUCUGUCUUAGUCUCUGGUUUUUGUGUAGUUCAUGAACGAUCCGUUCUAAAGAACCGCUGAACUGAAUCACUCUCAGAGUCCUGAUUCGUUCCUUUUUCAGUUCAGUUGAGCUCAGACUGGCGUGCAGGUCGGGAGUGGAACUGCAGCCUUUGACUCUUUGGCAAAUGACACACAGCCAACCAGCCAGCGAGUGGGCGGAGUCUCGUGACUCACUCACGGCGAAUGAACGACACGGUGAACGAAAUUUGCGGUGCGUCUUUUCUCGCCUGUCAGCACCUGUCUUUAGGAUCUGUUCACUAAAAGGAUUCGUUCAAAAGAUUCGUUCACUGAAUCAGUCAGUUCUUUGGAGCCCCGUCCUGUCGCUGCAGUACAUCAGUGAGUGACACAGCGGCGAGUUCGUUCAUUAGCCCCUCCCCUCUCCUGCUGCUGAAGUCACGGCGUCGUUCACUGGGUGACUCCUGUCGUUCAUUCGCCAAGUCCUGAAGGAAGAAUCACUGCCCCGCCCUGAAAAACUCACCUCUCUGUGUUCCUCAGAAACUCAGGUGUCCACUCAUGUGUCCACUCAUGUCCUGGGGUGUUUGGACUGAUGCUCUGCUGCCUGUAAUUUACCCAUGAUGCAUCAGUGUGCAUGUGCUAAAUGAACGUAACGCCCCGAGGAUCCAGCAGCCUUGAAUCCGGGACAGUGUCGCCCCCCUGUGGUUGUUCAGUGUGAUGAGACUCACUGACCAAUCAGAGCUCCUCUCUCUGCUGCUCGUUAUGUUCAAAGUUAAAGAUCAGUUCUUGAUGACCGAGUGUCGGGUUUUCAGGAGAAGUUCAGUUUUCGAUGUUCUGCUCAAAGACGCGCUCAGAUAAACAUGCAGAGAACGCUCAAACCCGUCAUGGCGGCUCUUCCAUCAUGGAGACGUGGCGCCCGGCUGCAGCUCGCCGCCGCCGGCCGACUGUGCCGGUUUUAUCCCCUUCAGUUUGAUCUGAGACCUGCUCUGAACUCCAAAGACCACCUCAGGAGAUCCAUGUGACAGAAGACCAUCAUGGUGAACCUGACCAAUCAAAACGAGAGCGUUAUCAAUCAGAACGAUCCGUACUCACUCCUGAUUGGUCGGAUCUCUGCUGAUUGAACUUCCUGUUGGUCUCCCUCAGUAAUCAGGAUAACUACCAGCUGGUCCGUAAACUGGGCAGAGGGAAGUACAGCGAGGUCUUCGAGGCCAUAAACGUGACCAACAACGAGAAGGUGGUGGUGAAGAUCCUCAAGGUGAGAAACCAGCUGAAGAUCCUCCUACUGCUCCUCCUGCUCCUACUCCUCCUCCUACUCCUCCUCCUCCUCCUCCUGCUCCUCUGGUCUUCAUCUCUCCUUCCUGUCCUCCUCCUCCUCUGGUCUUCAUCUCUCCUUCCUCUCCUCCUCCUCCUCCUCCUCUGGUCUUCAUCUCUCCUCCCUCUCCUCCUCUCAUCCUCCUCCUCCUCUGGUCUUCAUCUCUCCUUCCUGUCCUCCUCCUCCUCUGGUCUUCAUCUCUCCUUCCUGUCCUCCUCCUCCUCCUCUCUGGUCUUCAUCUCUCCUUCCUGUCCUCCUCCUCCUCUGGUCUUCAUCUCUCCUUCCUCUCCUCCUCCUCCUCCUCCUCUGGUCUUCAUCUCUCCUUCCUGUCCUCCUCCUCCUCCUCCUCCUCUGGUCUUCAUCUCUCCUUCCUGUCCUCCUCCUCCUCCUCCUCUGGUCUUCAUCUCUCCUUCCUGUCCUCCUCCUCCUCCCCCUCUGGUCUUCAUCUCUCCUUCCUCUCCUCCUCCUCCUCCUCCUCUGGUCUUCAUCUCUCCUUCCUCUCCUCCUCCUCCUCCUCCUCUGGUAUUCAUCUCUCCUUCCUGUCCUCCUCCUCCUCCUCCUCUGGUAUUCAUCUCUCCUUCCUGUCCUCCUCCUCCUCCUCCUCUGGUCUUCAUCUCUCCUCCCUCUCCUCCUCCUCCUCCUCCUCCUCUGGUCUUCAUCUCUCCUCCUCCUCCUCCUCCUCUGGUCUUCAUCUCUCCUUCCUCUCCUCCUCCUCCUCUGGUCUUCAUCUCUCCUUCCUGUCCUCCUCCUCCUCCUCUGGUCUUCAUCUCUCCUCCUCCUCCUCCUCCUCCUCCUCUGGUCUUCAUCUCUCCUCCUCCUCCUCCUCCUCCUCUGGUCUUCAUCUCUCCUCCUCCUCCUCCUCCUCCUCCUCUGGUCUUCAUCUCUCCUCCCUCUCCUCCUCCUCCUCCUCUGGUCUUCAUCUCUCCUCCUCCUCCUCCUCCUCCUCCUCCUCUGGUCUUCAUCUCUCCUUCCUCUCCUCCUCCUGCUCCUCCUCCUCCUCUGGUCUUCAUCUCUCCUCCUCCUCCUCCUCUGGUCUUCAUCUCUCCUUCCUCUCCUCCUUCUCCUCUGGUCUUCAUCUCUCCUCCUCCUCCUCCUCCUCCUCCUCUGGUCUUCAUCUCUCCUCCUCCUCCUCCUCCUCUGGUCUUCAUCUCUCCUCCUCCUCCUCCUCCUCCUCUGGUCUUCAUCUCUCCUCCUCCUCCUCCUCCUCUGGUCUUCAUCUCUCCCUCCCUCUCCUCCUCCUCCUCCUCCUCUGGUCUUCAUCUCUCCUCCCUCUCCUCCUCCUCCUCCUCUGGUCUUCAUCUCUCCUCCUCCUCCUCCUCCUCCUCUGGUCUUCAUCUCUCCUCCUCCUCCUCCUUCUCCUCUGGUCUUCAUCUCUCCUCCCUCUCCUCCUCCUCCUCCUCUGGUCUUCAUCUCUUCUCCUCCUCCUCCUUCUCCUCUGGUCUUCAUCUCUCCUCCUCCUCCUCCUCCUCCUCUGGUCUUCAUCUCUCCUCCCUCUCCUCCUCCUCCUCCUGCUCCUCCUCUGGUCUUCAUCUCUCCUCCUCCUCCUCCUUCUCCUCUGGUCUUCAUCUCUCCUCCUCCUCCUCCUCCUCCUCCUCUGGUCUUCAUCUCUCCUUCCUGUCCUCCUCCUCCUCCUCCUCUGGUCUUCAUCUCUCCUUCCUGUCCUCCUCCUCCUCCUCCUCUGGUCUUCAUCUCUCCUUCCUCUCCUCCUCCUCCUCCCCCUCUGGUCUUCAUCUCUCCUCCUCCUCCUCCUCUGGUCUUCAUCUCUCCUUCCUCUCCUCCUCCUCCUCUGGUCUUCAUCUCUCCUUCCUGUCCUCCUCCUCCUCCUCUGGUCUUCAUCUCUCCUCCUCCUCCUCCUGCUCCUCCUCUGGUCUUCAUCUCUCCUCCUCCUCCUCCUUCUCCUCUGGUCUUCAUCUCUCCUCCUCCUCCUGCUCCUCCUCUGGUCUUCAUCUCUCCUCCUCCUCCUCCUUCUCCUCUGGUCUUCAUCUCUCCUCCUCCUCCUCCUCCUCCUCCUCUGGUCUUCAUCUCUCCUUCCUGUCCUCCUCCUCCUCCUCCUCUGGUCUUCAUCUCUCCUUCCUCUCCUCCUCCUCCUCCUCCUCUGGUCUUCAUCUCUCCUCCCUCUCCUCCUCUCAUCCUCCUCCUCCUCUGGUCUUCAUCUCUCCUUCCUGUCCUCCUCCUCCUCCCCCUCUGGUCUUCAUCUCUCCUUCCUCUCCUCCUCCUCCUCCUCCUCUGGUCUUCAUCUCUCCUUCCUCUCCUCCUCCUCCUCCUCCUCUGGUAUUCAUCUCUCCUUCCUGUCCUCCUCCUCCUCCUCCUCUGGUCUUCAUCUCUCCUCCCUCUCCUCCUCCUCCUCCUCCUCCUCUGGUCUUCAUCUCUCCUACAACUCCUCCUCCUCCUCUGGUCUUCAUCUCUCCUUCCUGUCCUCCUCCUCCUCCUCUGGUCUUCAUCUCUCCUCCUCCUCCUCCUCCUCCUCCUCUGGUCUUCAUCUCUCCUCCUCCUCCUCCUCCUCCUCUGGUCUUCAUCUCUCCUCCUCCUCCUCCUCCUCCUCCUCUGGUCUUCAUCUCUCCUCCUCCUCCUCCUCCUCCUCCUCUGGUCUUCAUCUCUCCUCCCUCUCCUCCUCCUCCUCCUCUGGUCUUCAUCUCUCCUCCCUCUCCUCCUCCUCCUCCUCUGGUCUUCAUCUCUCCUCCUCCUCCUCCUCCUCCUCCUCUGGUCUUCAUCUCUCCUUCCUCUCCUCCUCCUGCUCCUCCUCCUCCUCUGGUCUUCAUCUCUCCUCCUCCUCCUCCUCUGGUCUUCAUCUCUCCUUCCUCUCCUCCUUCUCCUCUGGUCUUCAUCUCUCCUCCUCCUCCUCCUCCUCCUCCUCUGGUCUUCAUCUCUCCUCCUCCUCCUCCUCCUCUGGUCUUCAUCUCUCCUCCUCCUCCUCCUCCUCCUCUGGUCUUCAUCUCUCCUCCCCCUCCUCCUCCUCCUCUGGUCUUCAUCUCUCCUCCCUCUCCUCCUCCUCCUCCUCCUCUGGUCUUCAUCUCUCCUCCAUCUCCUCCUCCUCCUCCUCUGGUCUUCAUCUCUCCUCCUCCUCCUCCUCCUCCUCUGGUCUUCAUCUCUCCUCCUCCUCCUCCUCCUCCUCUGGUCUUCAUCUCUCCUCCCUCUCCUCCUCCUCCUCCUCUGGUCUUCAUCUCUUCUCCUCCUCCUCCUUCUCCUCUGGUCUUCAUCUCUCCUCCUCCUCCUCCUCCUCCUCUGGUCUUCAUCUCUCCUCCCUCUCCUCCUCCUCCUCCUGCUCCUCCUCUGGUCUUCAUCUCUCCUCCUCCUCCUCCUUCUCCUCUGGUCUUCAUCUCUCCUCCUCCUCCUCCUCCUCCUCCUCUGGUCUUCAUCUCUCCUUCCUGUCCUCCUCCUCCUCCUCCUCUGGUCUUCAUCUCUCCUUCCUGUCCUCCUCCUCCUCCUCCUCUGGUCUUCAUCUCUCCUUCCUCUCCUCCUCCUCCUCCCCCUCUGGUCUUCAUCUCUCCUCCUCCUCCUCCUCUGGUCUUCAUCUCUCCUUCCUGUCCUCCUCCUCCUCCUCUGGUCUUCAUCUCUCCUCCUCCUCCUCCUGCUCCUCCUCUGGUCUUCAUCUCUCCUCCUCCUCCUCCUUCUCCUCUGGUCUUCAUCUCUCCUCCUCCUCCUGCUCCUCCUCUGGUCUUCAUCUCUCCUCCUCCUCCUCCUUCUCCUCUGGUCUUCAUCUCUCCUCCUCCUCCUCCUCCUCCUCCUCUGGUCUUCAUCUCUCCUUCCUGUCCUCCUCCUCCUCCUCCUCUGGUCUUCAUCUCUCCUUCCUCUCCUCCUCCUCCUCCUCCUCUGGUCUUCAUCUCUCCUCCCUCUCCUCCUCUCAUCCUCCUCCUCCUCUGGUCUUCAUCUCUCCUUCCUGUCCUCCUCCUCCUCCCCCUCUGGUCUUCAUCUCUCCUUCCUCUCCUCCUCCUCCUCCUCCUCUGGUCUUCAUCUCUCCUUCCUCUCCUCCUCCUCCUCCUCCUCUGGUAUUCAUCUCUCCUUCCUGUCCUCCUCCUCCUCCUCCUCUGGUCUUCAUCUCUCCUCCCUCUCCUCCUCCUCCUCCUCCUCCUCUGGUCUUCAUCUCUCCUUCCUCUCCUCCUCCUCCUCUGGUCUUCAUCUCUCCUUCCUGUCCUCCUCCUCCUCCUCUGGUCUUCAUCUCUCCUCCUCCUCCUCCUCCUCCUCCUCUGGUCUUUAUCUCUCCUCCUCCUCCUCCUCCUCCUCUGGUCUUCAUCUCUCCUCCUCCUCCUCCUCCUCCUCCUCUGGUCUUCAUCUCUCCUCCCUCUCCUCCUCCUCCUCCUCUGGUCUUCAUCUCUCCUCCCUCUCCUCCUCCUCCUCCUCUGGUCUUCAUCUCUCCUCCUCCUCCUCCUCCUCCUCCUCUGGUCUUCAUCUCUCCUUCCUCUCCUCCUCCUGCUCCUCCUCCUCCUCUGGUCUUCAUCUCUCCUCCUCCUCCUCCUCUGGUCUUCAUCUCUCCUUCCUCUCCUCCUUCUCCUCUGGUCUUCAUCUCUCCACCUCCUCCUCCUCCUCCUCCUCUGGUCUUCAUCUCUCCUCCUCCUCCUCCUCCUCCUCUGGUCUUCAUCUCUCCUCCUCCUCCUCCUCCUCCUCUGGUCUUCAUCUCUCCUCCCUCUCCUCCUCCUCCUCCUCCUCUGGUCUUCAUCUCUCCUCCCUCUCCUCCUCCUCCUCCUCUGGUCUUCAUCUCUCCUCCUCCUCCUCCUCCUCCUCUGGUCUUCAUCUCUCCUCCUCCUCCUCCUCCUUCUCCUCUGGUCUUCAUCUCUCCUCCCUCUCCUCCUCCUCCUCCUCUGGUCUUCAUCUCUUCUCCUCCUCCUCCUUCUCCUCUGGUCUUCAUCUCUCCUCCUCCUCCUCCUCCUCCUCUGGUCUUCAUCUCUCCUCCCUCUCCUCCUCCUCCUCCUGCUCCUCCUCUGGUCUUCAUCUCUCCUCCUCCUCCUCCUUCUCCUCUGGUCUUCAUCUCUCCUCCUCCUCCUCCUCCUCCUCCUCUGGUCUUCAUCUCUCCUUCCUGUCCUCCUCCUCCUCCUCCUCUGGUCUUCAUCUCUCCUUCCUGUCCUCCUCCUCCUCCUCCUCCUCUGGUCUUCAUCUCUCCUUCCUCUCCUCCUCCUCCUCCCCCUCUGGUCUUCAUCUCUCCUCCUCCUCCUCCUCUGGUCUUCAUCUCUCCUUCCUCUCCUCCUCCUCCUCCCCCUCUGGUCUUCAUCUCUCCUCCUCCUCCUCCUCUGGUCUUCAUCUCUCCUCCUCCUCUCCUCCUCCUCCUCCUCUGGUCUUCAUCUCUCCUUCCUCUCCUCUUCCUCCUCCUUCUCCUCUGGUCUUCAUCUCUCCUUCCUCUCCUCCUCUCAUCCUCCUCCUCCUCUGGUCUUCAUCUCUCCUUCCUCUCAUCCUCCUCCUCCUCUGGUCUUCAUCUCUCCUUCCUCUCCUCCUCCUCCUCCUCUGGUCUUCAUCUCUCCUCCUCCUCCUCCUUCUCCUCUGGUCUUCAUCUCUCCUCCCUCUCCUCCUCCUUCUCCUCUGGUCUUCAUCUCUCCUCCCUCUCCUCCUCCUCCUCCUCUGGUCUUCAUCUCUCCUCCUCCUCCUCCUCCUCCUCCUCAGCCCGUCAAGAAGAAGAAGAUCAAACGGGAAAUCAAGAUUCUGGAGAACCUGCGCGGAGGAACCAACAUCAUCCGUCUGGUGGACACGGUCAAAGACCCAGUGGUGAGUGUGUGUGUGUGUGUGUGUGUGUGUGUGUGUGUGUGUGUGUGUGUGUGUGUGUGGUCACAGUGAUCAGCUGAUCUCUCUCUCUCUCUCUCUCUCUCUCUCUCAGUCCAGGACUCCUGCGCUCGUCUUCGAGUGCAUCAAUAACACAGAUUUUAAGGUGGGUCACAAACUUUCAUCUCCAUGAUUCCUGAAGCUCAUGGUCCUCCUGAUGACCUUUGACCUCCUCACUUUGACUGACACUUGUUCGUUUUGAUUGACAGGAGCUUUACCAGAAGCUGACAGAUUAUGAUAUUCGAUACUACAUGUACGAGCUGCUCAAGGUAAAAACCCGAACCUUUGUCCGGAUCAUCUUCAUGUUUAGUUAGAGUCCACACUGAGGAGGAGGAGAAGGAGGAGGAGGAGGAGGAGGAGGAGGAGGAGGAGGAGAAGGAGGAGGAGGAGGAGGAGGAGGAGGAGGAGGGCUGGGCGAUCAAACCACAACAGUAUAUAUUGAAAAUGAAUUUCCCUCCAUAUCAAUAUAAAACAUGAUCGAUAUGCUUCUUCAAUGGUCGUCAUUAAAAGGAGAAAAGUUUGUUCUCCAGGAUUUCUCCGGUUCAGAGCGCUCAGGUGUUCAGUGUGUGUGUGUGUGUGUGUGUGUGUGUGUGUGUGUGUGUGUGUGUGUGUGUGACUGUGGUUCUGAAGAUAAAGAUCCAAAACAACAAUCAGUCCAGAUCACAGCGUACAGAACAUGAACAUAUGUAAUAGAACUGAAUAUAAAGGACUGAGUUCAGUAACCGAUCACAUGAUCAAUGACUCAUUUAUGGUAAACAAAGACCGUGGCUCACAGCAGCCAGGGUAAGAAUUAGAUCAUUAGCUGAAGAACAAGUCGUGUGAGAUGAUAUUAGUCAUAUUCACGGUCAACAUGAACACAAUAAAACAUCAUCAGACUCACUUCUGACAUUCACACACAACAAACCAGGAUGUGAAGGUGAAGAUAAAAACAGGUGAGAGGAAAGUUCCCGACUCUGAGUGAAGGACGAAUAAAAACUCACAGGAAAACACAAAAUAACUGAACAGUUUUUAUUUGAAAACACAGAAACGAAACACUGAUACAUCUCAUUAUUAUACUCUGAUAUUGAUCGAUAUCGACUGAUAUGAACAAAAAAUAUCAUGAUCAACUUUUUCCCGUAUCGCCCAGCCCUACCAAGAAGAUCAUUGACUGAAAACAUUCAGAGAUAUUCAGAGGUUUUUAAUGUGUGUGUGUGUGUGUGUGCACGUGUGUGUGUGUGUGUGUGUGUGUGUGUGCGCUCACAGGCUCUGGAUUACUGUCACAGUAUGGGUAUCAUGCACCGGGAUGUGAAGCCUCAUAACGUGAUGAUCGACCACCAGCUGAGAAAGGUGAGCAGGUCACCAAAGGUCACCAAAGUUCAUGUUUGUGCUCCUCUGACCUCUGACCUCAACGAGAAGAUCCGAUCUUCUCCGAACAGACCGACACGUUCAUGUAGGUUUGGACCUGGAGGUUCUGAGACGGUGGGUCAGAGUGAAAACAGACUGAUGAAGAAGUCCCUCAGGGUCUCUGAUGAACCUGUGACUAAGACCACAGGACGCGGUCUCUGUGGUCUGACCCAGAUCCCUGACUCUGCUCCUCCUUCUCUGUGUCUCAGCUGCGUCUCAUAGAUUGGGGUUUGGCCGAGUUCUACCAUCCCGCUCAGGAAUAUAACGUCAGGGUGGCGUCUCGCUACUUCAAAGGCCCGGAGCUCCUAGUGGACUAUCAGGUGACGCUCCGUCUGCUCCUCACUCUUCAUGACGUUAUUAUUAUUAUUAUUGUUAUUAUUAUUAUUAUUAUUAUUAUUAUCAUUAUCAUUAUUAUUAUUAUUAUUAUUAUUAUUAUUAUUGUUAUUAUAUUAAUGAUGUUAUUAUUAUUAUUAUUAUUGUUAUUAUUAUUGUUAUUAUGUUAAUGAUGUUAUUAUUAUUAUUAUUAUUAUUAUUAUUAUUAUUAUGUUAAUGAUGUUAUUAUUAUUAUUAUUAUUAUUGUUGUUAUUAUUAUGUUAAUGAUGUUAUUAUUAUUAUUAUUAUUAUUAUUAUUAUUAUUAUUAUUAUUGUUAUUAUUAUUAUUAUUAUUAUUAUUAUUAUUAUUAUUAUUAUUGUUAUUAUGUUAAUGAUGUUAUUAUUAUUAUUAUUAUUAUUAUUGUUGUUGUUGUUGUUGUUAUUAUUAUUGUUGUUAUUAUUAUGUUAAUGAUGUUUGGUCCCUGCAUGUAUGAGUGACUGAGUGUUUUUGCCCCUCCCCCCCUCAGAUGUAUGACUACAGUCUGGACAUGUGGAGUUUAGGCUGCAUGUUGGCCAGCAUGAUCUUUCUGAAGGAACCGUUCUUUCACGGCCAGGACAACUACGACCAGGUACAGUACCACCUGAAGAGUCCUGCUUCACAGAGACCCCCCACCUGAGACCAAAAACUGCAGACCAGGACUGACCCAGACAGUAAGAUAAGAUGAGAUCAGGGCUGCACCGAUUCACCGAUCUUUAAAAAGCUCGACCUGCCGAUCACGAUUUUGGCCGAUACUUCUUUAUUUAAAACUGACGACAAGAACCUUCGAUGCUCUGAUCUUAUUUUAAUGAAAAUCAUGAAACAGUAUAAACUUUAGUGUUUAACUGCACAUGAGGAACUUCUCGCAGAUAUAAAUGAAAAGUUACAAAUAUUUCUGUCCAAACUAAUAAAUUAAAUCAGUUUUUUAUUUUCCACGUUUUAAAAAUGAACCAUAUUUGUUUUCAUUCAGCUCAGACUGCAGGUCUGUUUUACCAAAAUAAAGUUCACAGCAGUUUUUUAAAAUAAUCAUCGACAGGACGAACUGAACUGGUGGGCGGGGCCUAUCAUUCUGACGAAAGCUAAAAGCAACAACAGCUGAGGUCGAUGAGAUCGGAGGAUCAAAUCGGUUUUGUAUGUAAAGAUCAGCUGAUCACUGAGCCCCCAAAACUGAGGAAAUCGGCGCCGAUUGAUCGGCCGGCUGAUUUGUUGGUGCAUGUUUAUAAAAGAUAAGAUGUUCCUGUGAUCGUCGGAGAUAUUUACAGCAGCAGAGGAAAGACACUAAGAUAAAGAAACUCUGAGUUAAUAAAGAUGUUCAUGCAUCAUAUUUACAUCCCAACAGAAUUGACAGAAUAAUCUGAUUUAUCCCACAUUGAGGUUCCUGUUGGAGUCUGACACACUGACUCUCACCUCCGUCCUCCACGUGUGCCGAUGGUUUCAGGACUUUAGGCAGAUGAGGAAACAGGAAACCUUGAUUCAGUCCAGGAUCGAACCCCCUGCUGCUGUUGAAGCUGAAGUUGAUCGACUCGUUAAAAGAUAAAUCACAAAUAAAAUCAGAGAUCUUUGAAAAAGGUGCAGAUUGAAGAGGGAACAUCCUGCGCAGUUACAGUAUCUGCUGCCCUCUUGUGGUGAGUGAUGAUACUACAGAUCAGUUCAGCAGCUUCAACACACACGACCGACCAGAACCAACAGAGAGUUGGACUUUAGAGCAGAAUCACAGCAGGUUAAAAACGCCGAUCACUUUCAUCGGCAGAAUCAUCGGAUCCUGUAACAGAUCCACAUCCUUUCAAACUGGACUGUGAUUGGUUCUCUGUGAUUUAGAGCAGACCUGAUCUGAAUAAUAAAGGUCUGUUCCUUGUUUUUACAGCUGGUCCGUAUCGCUAAAGUCCUGGGCACAGAUGAGCUCUUUGGAUACCUGCACAAAUAUCACAUAGAGCUGGACACUCGCUUCAAAGACCUGCUGGGACAGUGAGUAUCAGAGGAGGGGGGCAGACGGAACAGCACAACCCCCACUGUCCGUGACCAAACAGGAAGUUCGUACUGAGGAUGGACUGAUGUGUUUGUUUUUUAGAGCUGAUCACUGAUAUUCAGUGAGAAACGUUUGUUCUGGUGUCAGACCGUAAAGAUCGACUCUCUCACUGUGGAGCUGCACCUCCAAGCCUGAUUGGCUGUCUGUGUAGCCAAUCAGUGUGGACUGUAGGCGGGACUUUGUUACACAGCCAAGAGUGGCGGUGACAUCAGGCGGAGGAAGCGGCGGUGUGAAAGUCGAAUGAGCCGUUUGAAAAUAAACUUCAUUUAUCGGUGGAAAAACCACCGAUGACGGUUAUCGCAAAGAUGUUGAAUAUCGGCCGAUGUUAUCGUCCGUGUCGAUUAUUGCUUUUACUUGUCUUAUUGCGAUGUGCGAUAACCUGAUGUGUCGUGUGUUUGCAGACAAACCCGUAAGCGCUGGGAACAGUUCAUCCAGUCCGAGAACCAGCACCUGGUGAGUCCAGAGGCUCUGGACCUGCUGGACAAACUACUGCGCUACGACCACCAGCAGAGACUGACGGCUGCUGAGGCCAUGCAGCACCCCUACUUCUGUGAGUCCACACACACAUGCACACACACACAUGCACACACACAGCUGUAUGUAGGAACGCUAAGAAAGUAAACAUGACACUAAGUUCACUAAAACAAAUGGAGGUCAAACAUGAAAGCUCCCUCAGGUCCUCUCUCUCACCUGUGUUGACCUCUGACCUCUGAAUCCGAAUGCUCUUUAUUGUCUUUAUACAGAAGGUACAAACAGAUUGGAGAGCUUCUUCAUUUUCAGUGGAAUAGAUACAAAAAAAGGAAAAACAAACCGAAUUAAAAGAACAAAAUACAGAAAAUAUACAAGAAAAAAUCCUCUAGAGCAGUGAAGUGAAAAUGGAAACUAUGUACAAGAAAAGGACAGGAGAUAAAUAUUAAGAAUCAUAUAUAUAUAUAUAUAUAUAUAUAUAUAUAUAUAUAUAUAUAUAUAUAUAUAUAUAUAUAUAUAUAUAUAUAUAUAUAUAUAUAUAUAUAUAUAUAUAUAUAUAUAUAUAUAUAUAUAUAUAUAUAUAUAUAUAUAUAUAUAUAUAUAUAUAUAUAUAUACAUAUAUAUAUAUAUAUAUAUAUGUAUAUAUAUAUAUAUAUAUAUAUAUAUACACAUAUACAUAUAUAUAUAUAUAUAUAUAUAUAUAUAUGUAUAUAUAUAUAUGUAUGUAUAUAUAUAUAUGUAUAUGUAUACACUCACCGGCCACUUUAUUAGGUACACCUGUCCAACUGCUCGUUAACACUUAAUUUCUAAUCAGCCAAUCACAUGGCGGCAACUUAGUGCAUUUAGGCAUGUAGACAUGGUCAAGACAAUCUCCUGCAGUUCAAACCGAGCAUCAGUAUGGGGAAGAAAGGUGAUUUGAGUGACUUUGAACGUGGCAUGGUUGUUGGUGCCAGAAGGGCUGGUCUGAGUAUUUCAGAAACUGCUGAUCUACUGGGAUUUUCACGCACAACCAUCUCUAGGGUUUACAGAGAAUGGUCCGAAAAAGAAAAAAUAUCCAGUGAGCGGCAGUUCUGUGGGCGGAAAUGCCUUGUUGAUGCCAGAGGUCAGAGGAGAAUGGCCAGACUGGUUCGAGCUGAUAGAAAGGCAACAGUGACUCAAAUAACCACCCGUUACAACCAAGGUAGGCAGAAGAGCAUCUCUGAACGCACAGUACGUCGAACUUUGAGGCAGAUGAGCUACAGCAGCAGAAGACCACGCCGGGUGCCACUCCUUUCAGCUAAGAACAGGAAACUGAGGCUACAAUUUGCACAAGCUCAUCGAAAUUGGACAAUAGAAGAUUGGAAAAACGUUGCCUGGUCUGAUGAGUCUCGAUUUCUGCUGCGACAUUCGGAUGGUAGGGUCAGAAUUUGGCGUCAACAACAUGAAAGCAUGGAUCCAUCCUGCCUUGUAUCAACGGUUCAGGCUGGUGGUGGUGGUGUCAUGGUGUGGGGAAUAUUUUCUUGGCACUCUUUGGGCCCCUUGGUACCAAUUGAGCAUCGUUGCAACGCCACAGCCUACCUGAGUAUUGUUGCUGACCAUGUCCAUCCCUUUAUGACCACAAUGUACCCAACUUCUGAUGGCUACUUUCAGCAGGAUAAUGCGCCAUGUCAUAAAGCUGGAAUCAUCUCAGACUGGUUUCUUGAACAUGACAAUGAGUUCACUGUACUCAAAUGGCCUCCACAGUCACCAGAUCUCAAUCCAAUAGAGCAUCUUUGGGAUGUGGUGGAACGAGAGAUUCGCAUCAUGGAUGUGCAGCCGACAAAUCUGCGGCAACUGUGUGAUGCCAUCAUGUCAAUAUGGACCAAGCUCUCUGAGGAAUGCUUCCAGCACCUUGUUGAAUCUAUGCCACGAAGAAUUGAGGCAGUUCUGAAGGCAAAAGGGGGUCCAACCUGUUACUAGCAUGGUGUACCUAAUAAAGUGGCCGGUGAGUGUAUAUAUACAUAUUGAGAUGGGAUUCCCAUAGCAGCAGUGUCAGUAGUAAGUAUUUUGCACGUUACUCAUGUGUUCAAGGCUGGGGUUGUUUUCUAUGGGAGUUCAAGGUGGCGAUGGCUCUUAGGAAGAAACUGUGCCGACCUCUCACCUGUCUGACCUGUGUUGACCUCUCACCUGUCUGACCUGUGUUGACCUCUCACCUGUCUGACCUGUGUUGACCUCUCACCUGUUUCCUGCUCGUGUGUUCUCAGACUAACUGCGUUCUGUCUCUCAGAUCCUGUGGUGAAGGAACAUGCAAACGCCAACACAGACGGCACGAAGGCCAUAAGCAGCUCCAACGCCACAUGA